AUGCCACCGUAUACCGUCACGCGAUACACGGGCCAAGUGCGGCCUCUAGAAACAUCGCUGGUAGCGAGAAACGCCGUCUCAGACGCCUACGUAAUACGUUCUCCCGGGAACAGUGCGCUUCUCCUUUCGACCAAAAUAGAGGCGACGGACGAGUGUCGGUACCAUAUUGAGCAGGCUGGUGAUUUGCUGUCGCGUAGAAAAGUGACCCCCGAACCGCCGCCGCUCUGUACUCGGAAACAAAGGCGUAGGCUUGUGAACGGCAGAACCGACCAGAACGCCCAACGGAAAAACGACAAACACAAAACGGACUGA